AGCUUCUCUCAGCUGGUGAAGGAAAAAAUUGAUUACCGCCUUUGAGAAAAUUGUUAAUUUGGUUAAUUGUUUAAUCUUUUCAACUUUAAUUGGAUUAAUUUGGUAAAUUAAGAUUCUCGGAUGGUUAUUUUAUCUCAGUUAAAUUGAAAUUUCAUCAUGGAAUCGAUAAAUCAUCAGCAGAUUCGACAGCAAGUUUUGGAACAUGUCGAGAAGGCAUUGACAGAGGAUAAAGUUAACGAACUCCUGGUUUCAUGUCGUAAUCUGAUUGAUAAAGCUCAGGCUGGUCUUGACAUGGAUAUUAAAACUGCCGUUGACACUGGAUUUCGAGAUGUGUUACAUGAGUACAUUAAAUGUCAUAUCGAAGAUGAUGAUUACCAUUGGUAUGAGAAGAUCAUUGAAUUGUCUAUAAAAGCUGUUAGAAGUGGCAUUUGUAUGGGAAGUUUACCGAUUAUCCUGUUAACUGAUCUGUUUGAUUGUAAACAGUUAAGUAAAUGUGAAGAGUUAUUUUCACUAUUGGAGAAUCGAGUUAACAUUUGGAAAGAGGAUGUUUUUUUCAACAAUGUUAAGAAUCAAAUGCUUCGAUCUUGUAAUGAUUUAUUAAGACGAUUAUCACGAUCUCAACAUACUGUUUUCGGUGGCCGAAUAUUGGAAUUUUUGGCCCGAUUUUUUCCUCUCUUUGAACGAUCAGGACUCAAUCUUACCUCAGAAUUUAAUCAAGAAAAUGUUGUCGCCAUAUCUGCUCAAGAAGAUUUACCCGAUCCCUCGGUUAUUUUAGACUCCGUUAUGGAAGAAGGUGAAAUGCCGGCCACUGAGGUGAUACAAAUUGAUUACAAUUUGUAUAGGAAAUUCUGGCAAUUACAAUCAUUUUUCAAGAAUCCAAAUCUCUGUUACUCUAAACCAAAUUGGAAACAGUUUCAAAGUUAUUCAUCGGAUGUGCUCACUGCCUUUUCCACAUUUAAACUUGACCCACAAAGCACUCGAGACACCGACCAGGUGAAAGGUGAAUCCAGGGAAGGAGGAGAAGGGGAACAAAUUCAUUUCACCAAAUAUCUAACUAAUCAAAAGUUAUUAGAAUUACAAUUAAGUGAUUCCAAUUUCAGACGAUAUAUUCUUGUACAAUUUUUAAUCCUUUUCCAAUAUUUAACAACCUACGUUAAAAGUAAAACCGAAAGUCAAACUUUGACCGAAGAGCAAACAACUUGGUUAAAACAGAAUCAUGAGAAAGUUUUGGAGUUAAUUAGCAAAACUCCACCGAAUGGACAAGAAAUCAAACAGAACAUUGAACAUAUUCUGAAACGGGAAGAGUUCUGGUGUAACUGGAAGAAUGAAGGUUGUCCAGGAUUAAAGGAAAUUAACGAACCAUCAACAGUUAAUCAAGAACCAAUGAUGUCCAAUGGUCGUAAAAGAGUCGGAGAGGAGAUUCAAUUUGCUGAAUUACAUGGGAAAGUGAUCAUCGGGAAUCCCGAAUUAACUAAACUGUGGAACUUGUGCUCAAACAAUUUAGAAGCUUGUCUCAGUAAGAAACGUAUUUUCAUCCCACCGGUGGACGAAUUUUUCAAAGAGGCCAAAACAGCUCGAGAAUAUUCCGCCGAGGAUCGACAGAAAAUGCUCUCCGAUGAUUCUGAUUUCAAUUGGAGGUCACUUCGUCUUUUAAGUUCCAAAUCAGCCUAUUUUUAUACACCAAGUAAUCAAUCAGUAGUUAAACCAAUUGUUCAAUAUUUGGAUACGGUAAUUGAGAAAGUGGUCAAAGAGUUAAAUGCCGCUGAUGGUAACAAAGGAUCUCAGGAUUUGGCUAUAGACGAUGCUGAGGAUAUCAGUAACGAUGAGUUAUUGAAGCAAGAUGACAAUUCAAAUCUUGGUUCAAACGAUAAUCAUGUUCAAAAUAAUAAUAAUGAUAAUGAUUUAACCAAAAAAAGUGAAGAAAAAGUUUCAUCAUAAUCAAAAUAGUCUACAACUCUCAUCAUAACCCAACAUUUUGUACCUUGAUCAUCACAAUUUUGUCACAAUUAUCUUUAAGAUCAAACUUUAAACUCAACACACUCAUUGGGCUAAUUAAACUAUCUCAUUUACUUUAA